AACAACGACCUUUUUAUUUUAUUUUUUUGAAUAUGUGUUUUCAAAGAUAGACUCGCCCAGACUCUUCACACUUCACAUUAUAUGUUUCACAUAAUAGAGUACCAGAAAGUAUUACCAUGGUAUUUUCUACACUCUUCACUCUACACAGGUCACAUAUUACAAAAUACCAAAAAGUAUCAUGGUAUGGUAUCAUCAUGGCGUUUUGGACAUGAACCAGUAUACAUAUAAUGUACAAGAAUUCAAUAUAUUGUUCUGUAGCAUUUUAUUUAAAAUAAACAUUCAGUAUAAAUAGCCUAUUUAUACAGAAAUAUAAUUAUUACUAUCUCCAGUGAAGACGCCAUGAGCCAGAGAAAGACAACUUAGGCUAGUUUUUACUAUUCAGUGAUUAAAUGUUAUUUAGUGUGGACUAUUAGUUUGUAAAAUCAAUGCAUCAUGGUCUGUCUGUUGUAUGAUUGAUUUUUUAUGCAGUGUAUCGGCAACACAAUGAUUUAUAAGACUGAUACUUUGUUUACCUUGAUGAAAAUUUCCACAUAUGCUAAUUUAAUAUAAAUAUAAAUAUAAAAUAAAAACAAAACAGUGAGCAUUGUUACGAGAAGAAAAAAAAUCGAACAAUGAACAACAUUACCGGGAUUACACCUAAAAUUAAUUUGCCAUCUGCAGAAGGAGAAAUUCAUACAGAUUUGUAACGACACGAGGAGAUGAGUGGCUGCCAUCGAUACAAUCAGCUGUGCCGUAUAAACUAUAGGCUAUUCUUAAAAUGGACCUUUAGGCCUACUUUUGAUACUAAGUUGUUUAAUGUUAGUUAUUUUAGUACAUUUAGCCUUCUUACGUAUUUUCCUGUCUUAAUUUACUUGUCCAUAGAAGUCGGUUUUUAUUACUUUAUUUUUAUUAUUAGGUAUUAUUAUAAAGUGUGCGCGUAUGUAGCCUAUUGUGCCUCUUGUUCUUCUGAAUAUUGUUAGAUUUCGAAAAGCUAUGGCGUGAACGCUGCUGAUUGGCUGCUGUGUGGUGUUUUAUGGGAGCGCGCGCGCUCAGGUGAGGCGCAGGUGAUUGACAGAUGCAGAACAUCAUCAGAGACACCAGCGGGAUGAGGCGAUGCACGCGCAGCUGACGGACACAGCACACCUAUGAUCAGUGACUGACAGUUUUUGGUAACAGUUUCAAAGUGAGUGCCCAGUGUGUAAGGAAAAGUUUGACAUCUGCCUCUUUACAUGGAGAGACUGGACGCAGUGGAGGUAUCUGAACCCACGUGUGCAUUAUGAAGGAGAACAGGUCCUUGUGUCAGGUGGAGCAGCUGCCCUGUGCAUGUCUGCUAGACUGCCACCGACAGACCCACACCCGCAGCGCCACUGGGGCCCCGAUUCGACACAGAGCUAACGGGGCAGUGGGUGCCUUGUGCAACAGUCCCAACUGUGUGGUGGCCGCCAGACUGGAGGACUCAGAGCAGGGGCGGCACGGGGCCGGCAGGGUGCUGGUCACCGGAGGGGCCGGAUACUUCGGAUUCAGGCUGGGCCGUGCUCUGGCAGGCCAAGGGGCUACUGUCUUACUCCUGGAUCUCCACAAGCCGCCCUGGGACAUCCCUGAUGGAGCUGUCUUCCAGCAGAUUGAUAUCCGGGAUUAUGACGCCCUGUAUAAGAUCUGUGCGGGAGUGGACGUUAUUUAUCACACUGCUUCCUAUGGGAUGUCAGGACCGGAACAGCUGAGGAAAAAGCAGAUUGAAUCAGUCAAUGUUAGCGGCACAAACAAUGUCAUAAACGUCUGUACGGAGCGGGGCAUCUCUAGACUCAUCUACACCAGCACAGUCAAUGUGGCGUUUGCUGGCCGGCCCAUCGAGGAUGGAGAUGAAGACUCAGUUCCCUGUGUGCCGCUGGACAUGCACAUAGACCAUUACUCCAGGACUAAAGCCAUUGCUGAACGCAUGGUGCUCGCUGCCAAUAGAAGAUCAACAAAAGGUGGUGGUCGUCUUCACACAUGUGUCCUGCGCCCCUCUGGUAUCUAUGGUCCUGAAGAGAGAAGACAUUUGCACAGGGUGAUGGUGAAUGUGGAGAGGAGAUUGUUCAGCUUUCGUUUUGGGGACCCUAAUGCCAAGAUGAACUGGGUGCAUGUGGAUAAUCUGGUGAUGGCUCAUGUUUUAGCAGCAGAUGCCCUCGCUGCAGAUAAAGCAUUUGUGGCGAGUGGACAGGUUUAUUUUAUCAAUGAUGGGGAGUCUGUCAAUGUCUUUGAAUGGUUGACACCUCUGUUUGAAAGACUGGGUUAUGGUCGGCCACUGAUUCACCUUCCUGUUUCUCUGGUCUACUCGGCAGCAAUUUUGAUGGAGCGACUGCAUGUGGCUCUGAGUCCUAUAAUGGAAAUUCCAUUACUUCUGACAAGAAACGAGGUGAGAAACAUUGCUGUCAGUCACACCUUUAAAAUCGAGAAGGCACAGCGAGAACUGGGCUUCAGUCCUAAGAAGUACAGCCUGACCGACUCGGUGGAUCAGUACCUGCGGAGCCGACCGCCGCGUUCAGCUGCAUCAUUAUUGAACACACAGUACCUCUUCCUGCUGCUCCUGAUGGGAUUCAUCACCUUCAUGAUCUGCUCUGCAGGACUGGAAUAAAAAGCUUCAAUAUUUCAGUCUCACUUCCAAGAAAUCUCAUGGAUCACUUGUAGGGUUUGAACUAGGGCUGGGCGAUAUAGUGAAUUCAUAAUCAUGCAACAUUCUGAAUAUCACAGUUGUGCUAUCCUUUUUAUUUUUAUUUAAGUUUUUAAGUUUUAUAAAGAAGAAAAAAGUCACCAAUUACUCACUUUUCAUGCCAUUUCGAACCCAUAAACUCUUCCAAACACAAAAUAUGAUAUUUUUAAUGAAAGCUGAGCGAUUUCUGUCCCUCCACUGAACGUCCAGGUAACCAAAACGUAGAAGUUAAUAAAGGCAUCAUAAAACAAAUCCAUAUCAACUGAGCAGUUUCAUCCAAGUAUUAUGAAGAAAUACAGUGUUUUUUUUAUGAUGAUCAGAUUAGGCUUUUAUUUGUGUAUAAACACACAUACUGUACACAGAGUGCAUCACAUAUAGUAAACAUGGAAGUGGUGUGAUAAAUGUGCCUCAUGAACAAGAUCCAGUGAGUUUUGUGACGUGAACACAAGCUUCCGUGUUAUGGGUCUUAUGGCCUUGAAACAACAUGAUAGUGAGUAAAUGAUGACAGAAUUUUAAUUUUUGGAUGAACUAUUACUUUAAGACAGAUGUUUUUAGGUAUUUAUACUUAAAAUUUUAAUUAAUUAACUGUCCAGUUCAAUGAAUCGAUUAAAAAAAUAUAUUAUUUGUGCCAUCACUCAAAACUUUUAAUGGAAAAAAAAUCAUCCACAAUUUGAAUCUAUUAUAAGUACCAUUUAUUGUUCUAUAUUCAUGAUAUAUUUAAAAAUUGUAAAAACAUGCAUUGAUUAUAUUAAACAAAAUUUUAACUGUAUUUUAGUUUUGUUAAACAUUCUGAAUCUAAUGGGUUUGAUUCAGAUGAUUAUUUUUAGAUUUGCAUUGCCAAAAGGCUGGAAAAAAAUAUUAAUUUACUUGCUAUAUCGCUCACCCCUAUUUUGAACCCACGAUGUUUUACUACCAGAUCAAAUCUUUAACCACAACGUCACACCACCUCAGAAACAAAAAUAACUUUGGUGUUUUACAUUAUAUAUUUUCUAUAUAGUCCUGAGAGAACUGACGUGUGUGAUUUAGGGUUGGUGUAAAUUUGAAAUAUAAUCUGCAGAGCUGUAUAUCACUGCUAGUAGUUAUGUUUUAAAAUUAUGUUUGUUAGUACUUAGACCAAAAUUAAUUUAUUUAUAGCUUCUUUUUUUAUUUAGAAAUAGGCAAGAAAAAGCAGUGUGAUCUUGGCAGGUGGCAUAUUGUGAUGUACAUUAAAUAUAUUGUUUGUGAUGCUGGAAAAGUUAGUUUUUGAUGAAUUCUACAAUUUAUUUUACUCCUAAUGGAUAAGAUUGUUUGCCCAUGGUCUUCCACAAAAUUAAGUGUAUGUAUAGUUGCACUUCCUAAAUGUGUGCAAAAGGGAAGGUUUAUUCAGCACACACUGUUUUUUCGUUAACACUAUUUACAUAUUUAUAUUAAAGAAUACUGAGAUAUAUUUUGUUCAGAUGAACCAGGAUGAAGGCCUUUUGUCUCUACCUCAGCAAAGAAACUCAAACAAGAUGAAUUUGAAAGUACAGUUUGAAAGAAAGUAUAAUAAUACUGAGACAGAAAGAACCAAUGCUGCAGGCAGACACUCAGAGAGAGGCAAUACACACUCUACACACAUUACAGUGACCUAUAAUUCUUCUGUCAUUUCAUUAUACUGGUUAAAGAGUAUUGUUUCUAGUAUCACCUGAUGAACUCCAUAUGAACUGUGCUGGUGUGUGUUGGUGGAGUGAGUGAGAUCAAGUGUGUUCGUAUAUCAGUUGAAGUAUUACAUUUGUGUCAUAUGUGUUCAUAUUUCAAAACACAAGCAACGUCAACUCAGAUGACAUAGACGCAACAAUAGUGUGUUUGAAAAAUUAUAAAUGUUCAAAGUGACACAUUUUUGAUUUGCCCUGGUGUCUGAAAAGGUUUGGAGCAACUAACAGCAUUUACACACUUGAAGCAUUAAAGCAGUAAUUGUAUGCCAUGCAUGGCAUUCAUGAAUGCCAAUGAAAUGUUUUAUAUUCAGAUUCAGAAGCUGUAAUUGUAAAGGCAAGUGUCUACUGAUAUAAUCUUUGAUUUUGCUUUAUACUUUAUCGGCUGUUGUCUUUAAGACUUGGGACAUGUUGUUUUUCCACUGUGACAUGAGAAAAUUGAUCAUCAGUUAUAAAUUAACAAGUUGAAUAAAAACGUGCUGUGAAUCCUCUUGCUAUUGAAGCAUUGUAUUUUCUUGAACGGUUUACCCUGCUAAAAAAAAAAACAAUAGAAGCCCAAUAGAAACCAUCACAGAAAUCCCAAUGGUUUCCAUUAAAAUACCAUUAUAAACCAUUAGCUUUUUCCAGUAAAACCAUUACAAAAAUCCUUUUUGUAGUGUGUUUUGGGCAUUUUUCCAAUAGGAUUUAACAUCCCACCAAUAGAAUCCAUCACAUACCAGUAGACACCAUUAUAGUUUCCAUUAAAAUCAAUACAAUUCCCAUUAUAACCAUUACAUUUUCUAUUGUGUUUUGGGCAGGAUUCUGUUGGUUUUUUCAGCAGGGUACUAAAACUUUACCUCAUCAACAUUCCCAAAUAUACCACAAGAGGACGCCACAAAUCAGAAAACAACAUAAGCCAUGCAAAUGUGAACAAUCCGCGUUUUGUACAAGUCAUAAAAUACUAAAACAAAUACACUACUAAAUUUAACGAUGUUUUUGUUUUAUUUGAAGCUUUUACGCACUAUUUUUGCGGCAAAGU